AAGACGGGUCUAGCAGCAAAAAAUAAAGAUGCUGCUAUUGAUGGGUUUCUAACAGCAUUUUUAGUAAGUGCUGCACUUGGUUGCUGUAACAGCACAGGCCCAUUUUUUAUUUUUACUUUCCAUUAUUCACAUUAUUGUUGUAGGCACAUUUUUCAUUUUUAUUAUUCAUUUUUUAUUUUUCCUUUUUUUCAUUUUUUAUUUUCCAAUUUCCCAUGGCUCCUCACUUUCUCUCUCUACCCCCGAUCCUCUUUCUCUCUCUAGCUUGGCUCAGACCCUCUCUCAUCGCUCCUCGCUUUCUCUAUCUACCCCCACUCCUUUCACUCUCUAGCUCGACUCAGACUGGUCUCUCCUCGCUCUUCAAUGGAGAGCUUGAUCUACCAAAAUUGUACUGCGAACACAGUCCCGGUUGUACUAUUUGAGCAUAUGUUCUGUUAUUUGAUUUGGGAGCCAAAUCGACAUCUAAUUCGCCAAAACAGGCCAACAAUCAUCGCCUUUAUCUCCAUUUUUGUCCACUCGCAGAUUGUUAUAUGUACCACACAAAAGUUGGGAUCGACAAUCUCAUUAAAAGAUGUCUUAACGGUCAAUAUAGGAAAUGAGCUGACAAUGCAUAAGUUGCUUCGAGACAUGGGAAGAGAAAUAGUACAUCAAGAAUCACCAAAGAAGCCAGGGGAACGCAGCAGACUGUGGGAUCAUAAGGAUGCCUUACAUGUAUUGAGAGAAAAAACUGGAACUGAAUCCAUUGAGGGCCUCAUCCUCAACUUGCCUGGAAACAACUCAUUGAAGCGGCGAAGUUCUGGUCUAGGCUUCUUCUCUUGGCUCCAUGUAACUUCUGCCUCGACAAAGUCAUUUUCCACUUCAAAUGAAGUAAACUUUCAAACAGAUGCAUUUUCAAGGAUGCACAAUCUAAGACUACUCCAGCUCAAUAGUGUAAGGCCCACAGGAAACUAAAAACAAUUUCCUAGGAAGUUGAGAUGGUUGUGUUGGUGUGGGUUCUCUAUGGAAGUAAUACCCAUCGAGUUUUUAAUCUUUUUUCUUUUUCUUUAGGGACUAUUAAUAGCUAAAUUCCUACUUCUUUUGACAGUUGCUUAGAUCAUUGAAAGUCCUCAAUCUGAGCCAUUCAGUAGCAUUAUGUUUGA